AGUCCCGACGCUCUGCCGUAUGCGUGCAGGUGAACUAGCGUGGGAGUUUUUAAACGCGUGUCUGAAACACAAUUGAAGGGUCGCCGUUUGCACGCCCACAAAGAAAACGCGGUUAUCCCCAUGGAUAUCAAUUCAACGCACAUGGAGGACUCGUUCAACCCAUGCACCCCCGUUUGGAAUCCAUGAUGCGAUUGACUGUCCAAACCCCCCCCCAACCCACCAGAAUAACCCCAGAUUUUCUAUAAAUGGCCAUGCGACACCCUUUGGAUUCCCCCCCCUUCCCCUCAGAUAAUAAGCUAUGUCUUCGAGCAAAGAUGAUGCGAGUGGCCUGGGCGCACGUUCUCCAUACCGGCGUGGUCAUUCGACCGCUAUUUCCUUUGAUGUCGUCCCAUCGCCCCAAGAAAUUCGGAUCUGCAGCGAGGCUCCUCUCAGUGCUGAUAAUACGCACUUGCUAGCUCCUGUAAAACAAGAAGCCCCAAGUCGACUGCGUGGCGGCAACGGUGAUCAUGAAGAAGAAGAUGAUGAUGACUCGUCCAUAACUUCCGAGGAUGAAGACGGACGCCCAUGGUACAAACGACCUUCGCCAUGGUGGAUACUCCUGGUAUCCGGUUUCGUAACUUGCCUAACGUCAAUGACCUUCGCCGCGAAAACAGAAAUAUUUAUUCUCCUCGUGUGCGAAGAGUACAAUCGGGAAAUGGCCUUGCCGCUCGCCGCUCUGCCCAUCGACAACAGCACUCAUGGACCUCUCGAUCAUGGUACCUCCACUCCGCAGUGGCAGCAACAGCAACAGCGGCAGCAGCAGCCUUCAGCGACUGGGUUUAAUGUUUUCUUUGGCGGCGAUCCUAGGAUGCCAUCCCCUUGGUAUGAAAUGAAAAUUCCCCGUCCUUCGUCGCAGUGUCAGGCAGAUCCGGAAGUCGGCCGUCGCGUUGCAGAACUGGGAACGAUGGUCGCUCUGACGUUGGGAAUUUUUUCUGUGUUAACCACUGGAUUUUGGUCGAAAUUGUCGGAUAGCAAAGGACGUACAUGGGUUCUUAGAUUCGGCGUUCUCGGAUCAGUCUUAUCAGACAUCAACUUUGUUGCAGUCACGCUUCAUUCUCGCAGGAUUGCCGGCAGCUAUGAUCUAUUCCUAUGGAGCUCCAUCCUUGAUGGGGUCGUGACGAGGUCGGCGGCAGCCCAUGCGUAUGUCAGUGAUUGCACCCAUCCGACAGCAAGGUCCCGUAUGUUUUCUCUCUACUUGGGUAUUGUAUUCGUAGGGAUGUCACUCGGUCCAGCUCUCGGGGGUAUCAUCACUUCGCGAACGGGGAACCUUCUUACGCCCUUCUACGCCGCUACGGCAGGCCACGUCGCCUACUUUCUUAUCAUGUGCUUCCUAGUUCCCGAAUCGCUCUCUAAGCGUCAAAUGGCCAUCAGCGCCACCGCACAACGGAGAAAAGCAGUCGAAGAUGCUACAAGUAGUAGUGAUGAAAUAGCCAGAGGGUCGUCGUCACUUGGAACCAGGGCGCGAGUGACGAGAGUUGCGAGGGCCUCUUUGGGGUUCUUGGACCCCUUGAUAGUGUUUGCUCCCGUUGAUAGGGGGGACCAGAUGGGGAGUGGUUUGAGAAAGAACUUGGAUUGGAAUUUAUCCUGUGUUGCUGGCGCUUCUGCGUUUGUGUCACUGCUUGCUGGCGCUUCGCAAUUCAAGAUACAGUAUACUGCUGCUUUAUUUGACUGGUCCCCUGAAGAGAUUGGGUACUGGAUAACUGCUCUUGAAAUCUUUCGGUCCUUUUAUCUUGUCAUUCUACUGCCGCUAAUAACCAAGUUCUUUGGUUCAAGGCGUGCUGACUCACGUGUCAAAGAUACCGCACCAGACUAUCGUCGGGACCAUACCGAGCGAACACCACUCAUCCACUCGGCAUCCCGUAGCGUCUCUCCCACCCCCUCAUGUAACAACAACAACAACGACUCACGUCAUGCAACUCAUUAUGACGUUGCGUUUGAUCUUCUUAUCGCAAAGGGAUCACUGAUCGUAGAGAUGAUCUCCGCCUUUUUGACAAGUUUGGCCCCUGGACCUAGGACGUUCAGCGUUGCGACGCUCUUUUCAUCGCUCGGUGCCGGAUUUGCACCUGUUCAUCAGAGUUUGGCGUUGUCGCUCAUGUCGAGGAGCGGUGGUACCGAUGCUGGGAAGCUCUUUGGUGCUUUUGCGGUCAUCAACUCUUUAGGGCAAAUUGCUGGACCUGCGGUAUAUGGUGCAACCUACAUUCUCACUGAUUUCUGGCUUCCUCAAGGGAUAUUCUGGUUAUCUUUCCUCAUUUCCUCUGUUGCUUUCGUGUUACUCUUAUUUGUUAGACUUGCUCCCGCCCCAUCACACACUAUUAGAAGUAUUCCUUAGUAGACCCCGGUCAUUUAUCUUAUAUAUAUAUGCCUAUAUCGCCCUUUCCAUAUUCCUCGACGACUGGAGAUACAACUUAGCUGGAAUGUACGCGCCCCUGAGGGGGCAGCCCCAUUACAAGGUGUCUACGUUAAGGGCUAGCAGUAAUUAAUAUUGCGCAGCAGGA